AUGGGCUCUCACGCCGCGGAUGCGCUCCGGUGCGCUGUGCCAUCUCCCCUGGGGGAGCAGGCGUUUGGGGACACGGUGGGGAUGCAGAGGCCUCGUCUUCAAGAACAAGUCAGGACAAAUAUCUCGGGGUUUGAAGUCGGGUACUGGGAUUGUGGUUCUUGGGCAGAUGAUACCUCUGUGAGAGCAGAUUUGACCUCUGAUAAAGAUUUAUACCUUGACAACAGCUCUGUUGAAGAAGCAUCAGGCGUCUAUCCAAUUGAUGAUGAUGAUUAUUCUUCUGGGUCAGGUUCAGGUGCUGAAGAAGAUGAGGAUAGUGCAGUGAUAACAACAUCCAGAACACUUCCAAAGUUACCGACAACUAGUGAUGCAUCUAGGGCUGAGACCACCACGGUGAAAAUGCAGACCAAGGUGCCUGCACAAACAAAGUCACCUGAAGAAAUUGAUAAAGAGGAAAGGCCCGAGACAGAUGCCAAGAAAAAGAGCGAUGAGCCAGGGGACGACACCGACGUGUUCACCGAGAAGCAUUCAGAAAACCUCUUCCAGAGAACAGAAGUUCUGGCAGCUGUUAUUGCUGGCGGAGUUAUCGGUUUUCUUUUCGCAAUCUUCCUUAUCCUGCUGCUGGUAUAUCGCAUGAGAAAGAAGGAUGAAGGCAGUUACGACCUUGGUGAACGUAAACCAUCCUGUGCUGCCUAUCAAAAGGCACCUACUAAGGAGUUUUAUGCAUAA